AAUUUUUUUCUCAGGUUUGGUACAUGUCACUUUAUUACAAUUAAUUGUAGGUUACGCCAGAAAUGUCAACAAUUAUACAGAAACUUGAAAUCAAAAAUUGUGUAGCUUUUACUAGUUUUAGACUGUUAUCGUAUACAUACCAUUUUUUUCGUGGAAUAUGUAGGUUCGUACCUUAUGUAAAACAAUUGAUCUUGAAUGAUGUUUUAUUGGUUCAACAAUCGACAUUUUUGACAAAUAUAAGUAACCUUACAAAACUUCAGAAACUUAAAAUAAUUUCAUGUUUUUGUUUACGGGGAUUUACUUCAGACAUAGAUUUAUUUCCUUUCACUUGUAACUGCCAAAAAGUAAAGAUUCUGGACUUUCGAAACACAGCAAUAGAGGAAAAGUUAGUUGAAUGGUUUUGUCAAAUUGAAUUUUUAGAGGAACUGUAUCUAGAUUGUCCUAAAUAUUUAAAAAACGAAUGGUCAACCUCUUCUUUCCAAAGACAGAGUUGAAGAAAUAAUCAGUUACAAAAACGAGAUUUUCCAGAACUAUUUGUUGUCAAAUAUUAGUCGGUAUAUAAGUAGAUGUAAUAAUUUGAAGAAAUUACAUAUUAGACAUUAUUCGCAUGUUACUAGAACGGAUAUCAAUAUGGCUUUGACAUUACCAGACUUAAUAGAGUUGGAUAUAACUGGUUGUUCUGUAACUCUGGAGGAUGUGAAACACUUUGAAUCACAAAGAUCUAAUGUUCAAAUUUAUUCAUCAUUUAGUAAACCACAUAAAAAAUAUGAGACUAUGAAUAGAUAAGUAUUCACUUUAAGUCAAUGUGACAUAGAUAAAAAAAAACGAGUUAGAAACGAGAAUCGUUUUAUAU